UUACACACACCACUACCAUCAAAUCUGUUGCUGAUUAAUUUCUUCAAGAUCACACCUUUUUGAUCCCCUUUUCAUCUUUCUAAAAAAACAACUUAUAAGAAACAACAUAUUUACCAACACAUAUGGAUUCUGUUAAUAGUGGGAUGAGCUUACAAUCUUCAAGUGGGGCUGAAGAAGAGUGUGAUUCUCAAUCCAUCACCACCACCACCAAUAUUUACCAACUUCACCAACCACCACCACCACCACCACCUUUCAACCACCAUAUCUACAAUAAUACUUCUAAUCAGAUCAACAACUUAAACCCAAACCCAACCUUUUUUUCACCAACCCCACAACACCAACAACAACUUGACUCAGUCUUUUGGUCCAAAAACAACAACUUGACUACUACUCCUGAACCCAUCACACCCAUUAUUCCAACAACCCUAAACCCAAACCCUCAUUUGGUUAAUCCAACAAAAAACCCAAAGAAAAGAUCAAGAGCCUCAAGAAAAGCACCAACUACUGUUUUGACAACAGAUACAAGUAACUUUAGAGCCAUGGUUCAAGAAUUUACUGGCAUUCCUGCACCACCUUUUAUUACUACUCCAUCAUCAUCACCUUUGUUUCCACCUAGGUUAAGUAGUAAUAUAAAUAGUUUUGAUCUUUUUAGUAGACCAUCUUUUUUACCCUCUUCUUCAAUGAAUAUGAGAUUUGUGAACAAUAACAACCAACUACUUCUUUUUGAUAACAACAACAACAACCCAUUUUCAAAUAUACUGUUUCAAUCUUCAUCCUCUUCUUCU